CAAAAUCAGGCUCACUGACCUGAAAAUUUUUGACUCAAUUGUUCUGCGGCAACAAAAAAAAAAAAAAAAAAGCUUCUUGGACAUGACAAAACAUGAUCCAUCAAGAUCUUCAACAUUAUCAGACAUGAAUAAACAUCAACAACGUCAAAAGCACUUUGCUGAUUUAAUCGCUCUACUGCCACCAUCACCUAAUACCCCUAGCCAACAAAAACAACCAGAUCCGCAGUCUACACCUUCACACACGGGCGGCCAUUCCAACUAUUUUUUUGAAACGGACAAGAAUUUGCCACAAUUGAACAUAAAUCUCAAACCCGAGAUCGAGAUUCGCCCCUAUCAAAAGGAAGCCCUAGAUCUCAUAGUCAAACGCUCCAAUGAUCCCAGUCACACAUAUAUCCAAUCCGGCCUAGUGGUUCUCCCCUGCGGUGCAGGAAAGACGCUGGCGUCCAUCCUUGUUGCCUGUUCUUUGAAAAAGUCAGUUCUAGUUGUUUGUUCGACUGUCAUUGCAGCAGAGCAGUUUAGGAAAGAGUUCUUGAAGUUUACAACCGUCAUGGGAGCAUCCUUGGGGAUGUUUGCGGGUGAUCGCAAGUUUCCAUUCAACGGCCGAUCAGGAGUGCUUUUUGCAACCUACAGCUCGCUAUUGGAAAGUCGGUAUCGAACACCAGAUGCAAAAAGAUUGAGUCAGUUCAUGGAAAAUACCGAAUGGGGACUUUGUAUUCUAGACGAAGUACAUUGUGUUCCGGCCAACCAUUUUAGCAAAGCGGUUAAGAAGAUCAAAGCCAAGGUCAAAAUUGGUCUCACAGCUACCUUACUGCGAGAGGACGAAAAGAUUGGCGAUUUGGACGAUAUUAUUGGUCCCAUUCUGUACGAAGCGAAGUGGAAGGAACUCGCGGAAAAGGGGUACAUCGCUAAGGUUAUCUGUACUCAAAUUGAAAUGGACAUGACCCCUGUGUUUGCUGAGGCUUACGGUAACAUCGCAGGCGGCAAUACGCAUCAUACAAAAGCGUUGUUAGCCAUCCUGAAUCCAAACAAGUUUCGUAUAUGCGAACAGCUCAUACGCUAUCACGAAGCCAAAGGUGACAAGGUUCUAGUGUAUAUUGAUCACAUUGAUGCGUUAAAGUUUUAUGCAGAAGCUAUGAAUCGUCCCUUUAUCUACGGUGAUACACCGGCUGAUAGGACUCAACAUAUUCUCGACCACUUUUCUAUCCCUACCCGCCGAGAAAUUACCAAGUUGCAUUGGUCAGAUGCCGCAGCAAGACAAGUUGACACGCGUACUCCUGUGAACACACUGUUCCUCUCACGAAUCGGUGAUACUUCCCUUGAUUUGCCUGAAGCCACUGUUCUUAUUCAAAUCUCUUCUCACUUUGGAUCUCGUAGACAGGAAGCUCAACGACUUGGUCGUAUCUUGCGUGCUAGGCGAAGAAAUGAAACUGGAUUUUUUUCCAGGUUCUAUACCCUUGUUACAUCGAAGACCCACGAAAUCGCCUUUUCAGAAAAGCGACGUGGAUUUCUAGAAUCAGAAUGUGGAUAUGAUUACGCAGAAUGGCGUAUCAAAGGUCGCAUACCCAAUGGCGGAUGGGAUGUAGAGACUGAUUCCAACAUUUCCGAUAAACAUGUUAUAGAUGAUGAGAAACACUGUGAAGCUGCUUUGAUUGCAACCAAACCUUCCGAAAGGCUCGAAAGCGAAGAUGACCAAUUGAAGCAUUGUGCCUGGGUUCUUGGUCUGAAACAGAACUCUGAGCCUGAAGACGACCUUGGUAACGUAACAUCUAUAAAGCCUACCAAACGUAAACUGUCUACCAGUGCAACUCUUUCUCCCAAGCGUUUAAAAGCAUAGACCAUACAGCAGCAUACUAGAGCUCGCUACAUCCAUCCGCAUCAUAGCAGAACUUUAUAUUUGCCCAGGAAUCUUUGCAUUCGCACCGCCUCAUUGUAUAGUUUUUCAGCACUCAUAAAUAAAAGCCAAAUUUGCAUUUAAUA